AGUGGGAGGGAGGGGAGACGGCCCCGAGGGAGAGUGAAUGAGGAGGGUGACCACCCUGAUCGGCGGUGAGCGGAGGAGGGCGACCCCGAGGGGCGCUGAGUGGAGAAUGACAGCCAUGAGGGACAGUGAGUGAGGGGGUGAUAACCCUGAUCGGCGGUGAGCGGAGGAGGGCGACCCCGAGGGGCUCUGAGUGGAAGAGAGUGACAGCCAUGAGGGACAGUGAGUGAGGGGGUGACAACCAUGAGAGAUGGUUUUACAACUCUUUAGAACACUACACAGGACCAGACAACAAGUUUUUAAAAAUGAUAAGAGAGCAUUAGAAGCGGCCAGAGUAAAGAUAAAUGAAGAAUUCAAAAAACAUAAAAGUGAGACCUGUCCGGAGAAAAUAGAAGAGAUGUUGAAAGUGGGUUCUGAUGUUGAACUAUUACUAAGAACAUCUGUUAUUCAAGGUAUUCACACUGACCACAACACCCUGAAGCUGGUCCCCAGGAAAGAUCUUCUAACAGAAAACGUUCCGUACUGUGAUGCGCCAAUUCAGAAGCAGUAAAGCUUCCAGGACAAAACCUGUCUCUGCUCCCUCUGACUUUAAAUAUAUACCUAGCCAAAGUCCUGGACAUGCGAUGUUUCUCUCUGAAGUAGCAUGUUGCGAAUGAGCAACAAGCUGAGGGCUGCAGAGCACUGCAGUGUUCUGAGGACAUAGAUGUGCCUCCCUCCUCACCAUCAGGCAGCCUGACCUGGCGACCGGAUGUCUGGGGAGGUGGGACUCUUUCUUUCCCCUUUGGUAGGUGUUUUGGUCUUACCAAAGCUAUUUGCCAAUGAGGCACUUUACCAAGUUGGUGACUUUUCAUCCCCUGGGAAACAGUACUGCAAAAUAUAAAACACUACAUUAAAUUGAUGUUUAAUUUCUAAAAUAUUAAGUUGAUAAAAAAAAAAGAACACUUUCUGCCAGCUCUCUACUGAAAGUAACCAUUGUUUUCCAAAGUCUUGCGGUUAUUUCCGCAGAUAAAAUAAUGUGGCUUGCUUCUCUGUGUUCUUAUAAAGACAGUUUUUUCCUU